AUGGAAGCGGUUGCAUCCGCAAUCAUCGCCCAGAUAGCCAUUACCAUGCUUAGCCUUUCCAACUUCGACACCGUAUAUUGGCCUGCCACUGCCUGUGCAUAUUCGAGCCUUAUUUGUGGCAUUCUAUCAACAUGCUUUGCGUUUAUAGUCCAGCAACUUCUGAGCGAUCUACACAGCCCGGAGGAUGUUCGCAUGUGGCUUACGACGACACGACACUCGCACUGGCUGUAUUGGAUAUUUUAUGGGACUGAACGUGCCUCGAAUAUCGAAGAGAAAGUCCCGUCUAUCGCAUCUGCGAUAAUCCUCACAACGCCUAGCAAGCUACUCCGGCUGUCGAUUCUCGCCUUAUUCGUUGCGUUGGGCAUUUAUCUCGGCUGUGUGUAUCAAGCUGAACUAGGCAACCUUGAGGGCCGCAACGCCAACAUGUGGGUUUUCAUCUUCUUUAUCGCCGUCUCGUCGGUCAUGAUUCUUGACGCAUCUAUGCCUAUGGCGGUGAUCCGUGCUAGUGAGAGAAUUUCAAGCGAUGAAGAGCUCCAGCCUUCGAGCAAUACCUCAACCCCAUCUACCUAG